UUAUUUCUGUUAAAAACGUGAAUAGCGAACCUGACCAGGUAAGAUCUGAAAGUGUCAAGGAAGAGGUUGGGAGGGGGAACAGCUAAGUCAGAUGCUUUUGCUUCAUUUCUCUUUCCAUUUGUAUUUAUGUUGCAGCCCCCUGGUCUGAGCCCUGGGAGUUCAGGAGGGGGGGUUCAGUCUGCAUGGGGAGACUUUCAAGGCUGUGUCAGUCGGAGAUGGGGAUGCGCUGGCAGCCCGCACUCAGAUAGAUGCAGCACAUUGCUGCUGCUGUUGGGUUCUGACUUUUAUUUCCAAAAGAGGGGGGGGGGAGGGGAAUGGGGGGCAGGAAUGCAGCGUGUCAGUCAACAGCUGGUUAGGUGGGGGGGUGGAAUGUAAGUAAGGGAGAGCACUGUCCCCAUUCUCUCCCCCCUCUGCCCUCCCCUCUCCCCUGACCCAUGCUUGAAGAUGGACGAGUCUUCCCUGCUGGACUUGCUGGAGUGCUCGGUGUGUUUGGAAAGGCUGGACGCUACUGCUAGGGUGCUGCCCUGUCAGCACACCUUCUGCAAGCGCUGCCUGGAGAAGAUUGUCAGCUCCAGGAGCGAGCUGCGCUGUCCCGAGUGCCGGAUCCUGGUGGACUGUGGCGUGGACGAGCUGCCCGCCAACAUCCUGCUGGUGAGGCUGUUGGAUGGCAUUAAACAGAGGCCGAGGAACGGCAGGUCGACCCCUACCUCUGGCCCUGCGUCUUUCCCCUCCGGAGGGAGUGCAGCGUGUCCUGCUCCAGCAGCUCUGGGGACAACAACGAGAGAGCAUCCCACAGGCAGUAACCGGAGCUCUCCAGGGAAGAGUGUUCCACAGUUACCAUGUGCUAAAGCUCUCUACAACUAUGAAGGGAAGGAACCUGGCGAUCUUAGGUUCUGCAAAGGUGAUCUCAUCAUUCUACGACGUAAGGUGGAUGAGAACUGGUAUCAUGGCGAGCUUAAUGGUACCCAUGGCUUUUUCCCAGCUAGUUAUAUUCAAUGCAUCAAGCCUCUUCCACAGCCACCUCCUCAGGGCAAAGCACUUUAUGACUUUGAAGUUAAAGAUAAAGAGCAAGACAAGGACUGUUUGACUUUCUCAAAGGAUGAAAUUUUGACUGUCAUAAGGAGGGUGGACGACAACUGGGCAGAAGGAAUGUUAGGAGAUAAGAUUGGCAUAUUUCCACUCUUGUAUGUUGAGCUAAAUUCGACUGCAAAGCAGCUGAUUGAGAUGGAUAAACUGUGCCUGGCAGUUACACAGAAUGCUGAUGCAGCUCCAUCAGCUGCUACCAAUGCAGGAGCCAGCUCAGCAUCUAGCUCUCCUGUAAAUAGUGGGGGAGCUGUCAGUGCUAUCCACAGACGCAUUGAUGGCAAGAAAAAUGCCAAGAAGCGACAUUCCUUCACUUCGUUCAGCAUGUCACACAAGUCUUCCCAAGCCAUCACCAACAGGCACUCAAUGGAAAUCAGUGCACCAGUUCUCAUCAGUUCCAGUGACCCCAGAGCAGUUGCCAGGAUUGGGGAAGUACCACAUCUAUCAUCUAGUGCACCGUCCCAGGCUUCAUCUCUUAAUGCUAGCACAGCUGCUGGUGCAGUCGGACCCAGACCAGGGACUACCACAGGGGACCAGAGCACAGCAUCAAAACCCCAGCUACCACUCAAUAUAUAUAUGGCCAUGUAUGCGUACAAGCCACAGAAAGCAGAUGAGCUGGAGCUGCGAAAAGGGGAGAUGUAUCGAGUCAUUGAGAAAUGUCAGGAUGGAUGGUUCAAAGGCACUUCACUGAAAACUGGAAUGUCUGGUGUCUUUCCUGGAAAUUAUGUGACUCCUGUCUCCAGGGCUCCCUUUGCAACAGCUCAGUCAAAAAACACAAUGCCAGGAGCAGCUGUCCAAACAGUAAAAGGAAGCUCCCCAUCGAGCCAUUCUGCAUCCAGUCUUGUGAAUAACGGCAUAAAGCCCAUUCCUCCUGUUGCCAUUUCUCCUGUUCCGCCACAGCUUCACACAUCUGGCCCGCAGAUCAGCAAUUGCUUACGUUACUCAGGACAGCAAACUGUCAACCAGGCCCGCAGUGCAAUGCAAAUGGUUCAUCCUGCUGUUCAAGCCCUUGACCGUCCUACAGCAACUGUACCACCGUUAAGGACACAAAGUUCUCCCGCCCGUAUCCCUGCCACUGUAGUGCGACCACAGCCAAUGACCUCACCACAGCAUGUCCUUCAAUUCUCUGGAGCUCCUGGUGCUAGAUCGACCAUUUCACUCACCUCUGCAGCUGUAGCCAUUACGCCACCAAACGUCAAUGCAGCCAACUUGAAUGGGGAUGCCAUGAGUGGAUCAGCAAGUACCUCACUGACUUCCAGUCCUUCAAAUUCCGUACCUGCUGUGCCCAAAAUGGAGGACCGGAAAACUGAGAGGAAAGAGAAGAAAAGUGGACUUUUAAAACUUCUGUCAGGAGCAUCAGGAAAGAAGAAAUCCCGCUCCCCUCCAUCUGUAUCUCCAACUCACGAUUCCCCACAGGCAGCAGCAGAGAAUACUCUGCAAGGGGCCAUGGGUCCUGAAGUUCCUCCAGUCUCAAGCCAUGGCAGAGCUGGCUCUUGCCCUUUAGAAAGUGAGAUGCAAGGCACUAUGGGAAUGGAGCCACUCCACAGGAAGACUGGCUCCUUAGAUUCCAACUUUUCCAUUUCUCCACCUACUCGGCAAAUGUGCUCUUCCAUGGUUGCAAUCCGUCCAGAUCUCAAACCACUUCCUUGUGAAAGAUUUCGAGUGCUGGUCCCAUAUCCCCCUCAGAGUGAGGCUGAGAUUGAACUUAAAGAAGGUGACAUAGUGUUUGUUCACAAGAAGCGGGAAGAUGGAUGGUUCAAAGGCACGUUACAGCGAAAUGGAAAAACUGGUUUAUUUCCAGGAAGUUUUGUCGAAAGCUUCUAAGAAGCCUGAUGUUUAUGGACAUCUGAUCUUUUUAUCAUCUGAAUAUCAUGGCUAUUUGACAUUAUAUAAAUGUAGAUAAACAUUCAAGCACAACAUCACAGCAAUCAAGAAUUUACAUCCACUGCCAUUGUCACUUCCAAAGAAAUCAAAAAGACCCUAUCUGUAGUAAUGGUUCAUUGACAAUACCAUUAUUAUAUAAAAGAUGUACAUACAGAGGUAUGUUGAAGCAGUGCCUUCCCAUGAAGCCACCGACUGAGAGACAAGUACAUUUGCUUUUAAACUAUACUGAACUACAUUUAUUCUCUACUGUGUAAAUUAUAAAUUUGAACUUUUUUUAAAUAGAAUUUUGAUAUAUCACCAUAACUUAUUUGGUAAGGUUAGCACAAAUAAUGAAUGAUUGUAUGUGAGGUGCUUUCUCAGACAAGGUAAAUAAUUUUUCUUCUUUCGGUCUAAUAAUCAGAAAGUAAUUGGAUUAGAUUGGAGCUGUCAACAAACUGGAGAAAAAUUGCAAUUUAAAACCAGUCAAAUAAUUUGUUGCUUGUAGUUUAAUUAAAAUAGUACGGUGACUUUGGCUAAUUCAGACAAAGCAGCUAUAAAACCAUUAUCAAGUUGUAGGAAUUAGCUGACCAUAUUAGAUAUCGGAAAGUGAUUCAGUCAUAUUAUGACAAUCAAUUUGGUCUGACUAUACAGAAAGGUUUGGCCUGAAUAUACAAAAGGUAAGUUCACAAAUGAGAGAAAAUGUCGUGAAAGUAUUGGCAGUGUUUGUUAAAUAGAAUUCUGUGUUUUUUUCUCAAGUUGCACAAUAUUAAUGCAAGUUAUCACUAUUGAAGACAAGCAAGCAUGUUCUGACUGAACAAUUAUAAUGGAGAACAGAAGACACAUAAUAGGCUUAUCGCCUAUUUCAUUAUUCACUGAACAACAUUUGUACCUAAAGAUGUCAGUUAGCAACUACCAAGGUGACAAGGACAUAUAGUUUCCAAUACAGUUUUUUUCCUAACUCCAUUUCACUUAGAGACUGGUACUACAAGUAUCUCUGCGACUGAGUAAUAUGCCAUUUGUUGAGUUCCAUUAUUGUAGUAAAAGAAUGGGAUCACUUUUUUUCUGUAGUAACUCCAGCACUUACACCAAAACAUGCAGGUUUGCUAUUGUAAUUUAUGGCCAUCAGGUUGUCCAUAUAGCAUGCUUGAUGCCAUCAAACUAACACGACAGCUGAUAGAGCAAAUGGCAAUGACGUCUGCUAUUCGACCCAUUUCUGAAUGUUUCCUUCUAAAUAAUCAGUAAAUUCCAUACUUCUCAAGUUUUGUUUUGGGGAUUAUGGACCCCCGGUAACAGAAGUUGCUUUAUUACAAUAAAUCACUUAAAAUCCCCUUCUCAGCUAACUUGUUGCCUGUAAAGGGAAUAGUUGGAAUGCAUUAACCAGAUUCAUGUCUUGGCUGGAAGAAAGUUUGCCAGGAUUUCUGUUUUUUGACCGAUGGCUACUGCUGGAUUAUGUUCAUGUACAUUUUGGGUGCCGGACUUCAACACUUUCCAUCUAGUUUUUCACAGCAAUGUUGACCGCUGUGUUAGAUAUUUAAGGGCAGGUGGCACCUAUAGAACUGGACACCAAAAAGAAAGAAACAUUACAGGAGGGAGUUUAAUAGAUAUAAUUAUUUGCAUUCUUUAAUGCUGCCCUGAAAAGAAACCCAUUUCGAGUUGUAAAAUAAUGGCACCAAAGAAGGAUAUUUGAUCCAUCAAGUUUGUGUCAGCUCUUUCAAAGAUAAUUUCAACAAGGAGAUUCCUAUGCUCUUUCCUCAGGUCCAUGCAAUAUUUUCUGCUAGCUCUUUCUAUCCAACUCUCUUUUGAAAGUUAACAUCAAAUCUGUAUCUACCACUCCAUCAAACAGCACAUUCCAAAUUCUAACCAAUCAGAUUUUUCCCAUUCAUAUUGAUUUUAGUUAGCUAAUCUAUUUGGUUAGUCUUAAUUUGUUUCACUUUAUAUACAUAUUGAUCUUGCCAGCCCAGAAUUUUGCCUUCCAAGCUUUCUCUUCCCCUGUAAUGAUGUGCUGUUGAACAAACUUCACCAACCUAUUAAUGUUCAUGGUCAUGGCUGUGAUAUUUCUGACAACUUGCCAAGCAGCAGUCAUAAUAUAAUAUUGGGUUUGUUUUAUGACAUUGGAAUCUCUUAGUAUCUUCUUGAUGUUAAAUCACAUCAGGAAGUGUCUAAAUAGUGUAGAAACUAUUCCAAUAUUUACAUUGUGGUUUCCUGGAGCUAAACAGCAUAGGUUUUGUUGGUGAAAACACGUAAAAUUGUUCUUCUACCAUGAGCAGGUAGAGGGUUUACAUGAUCAGAAAAUAAUUCUGUCCAUUUGCCAAUUUUAAACCAUUAUAAUUCAUGUACAGUAGAAUCCUAUUUUGCCAAAUACAGAAUUUAAUUUCAUAAUGAAACUUCUGGCUGAACGUGAUGAAUAUUUCAAUAAUAUCACUUCUAUUGAUUCUUACCUCAGCUGACAAUAAGACUGACAAAUGGCAAAGUCAGGCAACAAGUAAAUUAGUGGUCACAUUAUCCCAACCUGUUGUUUACCAGCCUAUUCCCUUACAGUCAGGGAUGAGAAGUGAAUCAAAACUGAAACGAUUGCAGAAGUCAAAAUAAACCUUUAGCACCUGCAGUGGUACCAAUUCCUGAUAUUAUUCAUAAGAAACAUGGUGUUUAGGGAAUGUCAGAGUAUGUGGAGUGUUUUUGGAUCUGGAAUUCAGACUAAAUGAAACGGAAGGAUGGUCUUUGUUGGAUAACCUGGCGUCUGUACAUCUCUGGAUGCUUGCGUUAUUAUACCUUCAAGAUGGUUUGUAAUGUACUUUAUAUUUACACUAACCUCCAAGAGAAUGUUCAAGGUCUGAUUUGCCAAAGUCACACAGUUCACAUUUAUUCCUGUGCCUCUUACAUGCUUCUGUAAGCUGAGCUGCUUUAUCACUGUUAUUUUAUGAGACUCAUUGAAUGUAUGGUUUAAAUUAGGGUUUUCUAUUUAUACUUGGCUUAUCAUCAAUGAAGAAUAAGGGUUUUUAAAAUGUAAGAAUAGAUAAAGGAGCUUAAUUCGAGAUAAAUCUAAUACGCUAUUUUGUUUGUGAUUAUGUGAACACAGACACAGUGGUUGCAUUGCUUGCAGUGAAUUACAUGCCUUAUCCUUAAGUAGUGAAAUAAUAAUGAUCUCUCAACAACGAAUUGAUUCUAAAUUUCAUAAAACGGAUCAAGACAAAACCAGAGGAAAUGUCCUUUCUUUCCAUAAGUGAUAAAAAGUGUCUGAAAUUAUCAUUUGAUUUAUAAGACUAGUUCACAUGCUGAAGAAUACGUUAUACAUUGCCAGAGAUAGAUCCAGCAUAGGACCAUUCUGAUAUUAAAGGAGCAUUCAACUGGAACCAUCAUGCAAGGAUGUACACCAAAUUGAUUCUUUCUGUCAGCCUGGCGAAACUGAUGAAUUGCAGUUCUGAAUAUUUUCCUGUCCAAAGAUAUUUACUAAAUCCUUCUUCUUCAAGACAGUUCUCUUUCAUAUAGACUUUUGCAUACUCAUUACAGAUGUGAGAUGAGAUAAAAUAUAUGUGAAAAUAGCCAAGAGAAUAGGAUUCACAUGAUUCACAAUAUCUUUCUUCCAGUUCCAUAUCAACAACUCACCAGUAAAGGUGAUCUCAGCUAAAGUUAGAUAGAUUGUGGAAUAACAGUAAUUAAGCAUGAAGGGUUUUCCCUGUAAAUAUUACAUUGCUUUCAUUCCUGUAAUUAUAAUGUCCUAGACUUUUUAAAAAUGUUUUGGCAAAAUGGUAUUUAUGAUAUCUUGCAUGGACUAUUAAGACUACUAUUUUACAUACAACGAGUCUCUUUUACAGCAUACAUGGCUUACUUAAAUACCUAGUCAUCUUGCCACAGGAUCCAAGUACAGCAAAGUUUAAAAGUAAGAUAUGAUGACAAUAGAUAUUCUUUACAUAGUGCGAUGAAUAUAGGAAAUGUAAUGGGAAGAAAUGGCAACUAUAAUGCAUUGAAAUUCUGAUGCAUUUUAAGUGGGAAAGAGUUCAUAACUGUUCAAAAAUUAAAAUUUGAGCUAUCUUGCCAUUUUCCUUCAAACCAGAUCACUUACUGCCACAAUUAGAAUCCUUCCAUUAAGGAUGUCGAAACAAAUCUGUACAAAACCUACACCUUCUAAAAAACAUGAGCAUUAGUAAAGAAAUAAUCUUCAUUAUUCAUUGUUUCUCUUGAUUUGUUUUAGCAUUUUUGUUUACAUAGGCACAUGUGGUCACAUCAUGAGCAAUCUGGAUUGAAGGAGUUGCUGAAGUGGGGGUGACAUCAGCAGAGAUCCAUGCUCAUUAUCCCAAGAUCAUCUAAUAGAAUUGUCGCAUUAACUUUGCAUGUUUUAAUUCAUGUGUCUCAAAUGGUUAAACUCAAUGGUUUACAAUUAUGAUCCCCUUCUCCAGAGGUCUUUAACAUUUCAUUCAUUUCAUUCACCCAAAGAACCAAAAUUACCCUCACAAAACACAAGUAGACAUUUUUUUCAGUGCUUUGCUUUUUACAAACAUACAAGGGCUACUUGAUAAACUUCAUGAAAUGCAAAUAUGAAACUAACUGAGUCACCUCAAUAUCAUAAUACUCUCAGUUGUUGCUCUUUGUAGUGAAUUCUGUUGUAGAAGAAAUUUCUGUGUUGUAUUUGGUUCAGAUAGCACUAACCUCUACCCACACAGACACACUAUGCAGCAAAGUCACUCUUUGCCUGCUGUGAAAUAUCUUACAUUUUACCAUUUGGAAUGAUGGCUCCUAGAAGAGAUAUUAUUUUCUGUUUCAGCAUCACUUGAAAGGAAACAAAAUUAUUUCAUGGUUAGAGCCAAGCUUUGGAAGGACAAUACUGACAUUAAACAUGUAACAAUUUCUUUACCAAGUAUUUCCUCUUUAUUCAACAAGGAACUUGCUCUUUACACAAACCAUUUAAAUUAUCUUGUUUUGCUGAAAGUUCUAUUGCAGGUAACUGAAAAAGUCAUGGUAUGUUUGUAAAUACAUUUCAAAAAUGCUCUGAGCUAUAAAAAAAGUGUUUGAUGUACAUUUGUCCAAGUCAUCUUAUGACUUUUAAAUAGUUACAUUUAAUUUCCAAACUAACUAUUGCAUAACUGUUACAGUCUUAUUUGAGGGAACAAA